GCGAUAACUUACACAGUGAAAUAUCGAUACUACGAUUGUCGGUUUGAAAAUAUAAAAACUUGGCGUCUUUUUAAGCAAACGAAAUGUACAAAAACUUGGACCUAAACACGCUAACCGUGGAUGACAUCGUGGAGGAGUACAAGCUGCUGCACGAUCGCCACCAGCAGCUUAAAGAUCAAAGCGAAAAGGAUGCGCAAAGGAUUUAUGAGCUGAAAAGGAAUCUGGACACCGCCCUGGCCGCCGAAUCGUAUUUGACCCAGGAACUGGAGCAACUGAGUAGCCAGCCGGUGGCCAGCAACUCUGGAGGGAAUUGCCAGGAACUGGAGGAACUGCGUCGAAAGUUUAAGGCUCUAAAAGAGGAACAGGAUGUACUGCAGCAAGACUACGACGCCAAGGUGGAGGAGACCAACACGCUGAAGGAUAAGCUGGCUGCCGCUGAAAAGGAAGUGGCGGAUAAGUCCGCCUCCAGGUCAAAUGAUCUCCACGAGGACUGUUCGGCCCGUUUGAAUGCCUUGGAGCUUGAAAACUCUGAGCUGAUGCAAAAGCUGGCGGAAUACGAGGAUUUGCGCGUCACAAACACCCUGGCGGUGGCUGAAAAAGAGAAAACCAUCGAGUGUCUGCAAGAUCGAGUGAGCUGCAUGGAACAGAAUCUGAACUGCAAGCGGGAUGAACUGGAGGAGAAGCUGCAAUUGCUGGAGAGCUGCCAGGAGCAGCUGGUGGAAGCCAAUGCCAAGAUAGCACUGCUUACUUCCGCCCCUGAAAACAAUGACCGCAAGGGCAACUCUCUGUUCGCCGAGGUGGACGACCAAAGGCAAGCGAUGAAGCAGAUCUUGGCGGCCCAGAAGAAGAGCUAUCUGGAAAUGAAGAAGACCUUCACGGACAGCCAGUUUGAGAUCAGACGUCUCAAGCGGGAAAACGUGGCCAUGCACACGGAGCUGCAGGCGUGCAGCACAAUAUUUUGCAGUGCGGACAAGACUUAUCAAAAUAAGCUGAAUGAGCGCAUACGGCAACUGAUGUCUGCCAACGACAGUCUGGAACGGCAGCUAAAUCUCUCCCAGGAGCGACUGCGCCAGAUGGCCAGCGAGAAGUCGGUCACCUGGCUGGACUCGAUGUUGGAUUUCUGCAAACGCGAAACGGACGAGCUGAAGGUGCAGUUGCACAGCAUGCGCAUCCAGAAGGCCGGACUGGAGGAGCGAAUGCGAUCCGUCCAGCAGGAAAUGGCACGCUGGAGGUUUGAGUCCCUGAAAUCCCGCUGUGUGCUCAUUGAUCGCGAAAAUCUGCUGACUGAGCAUAAGAUCGGUUUUAAGCCCAUGCAGGCCAUGGAGUUUAACAUCAAGGAAGCGGAACUUAAGUCUGCGUUGCCUCGCAUUGUCAGUGUAGCCGCACAAUCUCCAAAAACAUCUUUAAAAACGGCUGCAGAAACCACAACCAAGUCUCUACCAACUGCAACUGAAAUUAUUCUUCUUGACACGCCCUUGAAACCUGUCAUUAAAGAGGAGUUUGUGGAGGAAUUAAAACCAGCACUAAAAGACACAUCCGUAGAAGUCAAACCGGAACUAGAAGAAUCCGAAAGCAAGGCUUGCAUAAAUAAACCACCCAUUAAAACAGUUAUGGGUGUUAAAAUAAAACGGGAAAUCGAUUUAAACUUGGAAAAGAAAGACGCGGUUGAUAACAAAGAGGAGUUGGAAACUCCAGAACUAGUUCCCCAACCGCAGGCGAAAGGCACUCCAGUCGAAGCCAGAAAUGAUGAAGUUACACCUCAAGUGAAUAACCACCAAGAUGAAAACGAAGAAACGGAUUUGAAAUCUGAAGAAACCCCGGUCAAACCUUUGAUGAAGGGUACCCCAGUUAAGCAACGACUGGGAGGAAUAAAAGUAAAGUCCAACGAAGAGUUGCUGGAAGCAAGGAUGCCUGGCAUGGUAACGCCUGCAAAGCCGCAGCGCAAGGGCACUCCUGUGAAGCUCAUAAAGCUGGAAAUGGAAACGGAAGACAGUGGCGAUGAGGCGUCCAAAGAAUCUCCCAUCAAGCCAGAUGGAACUCUGAGCGUUGAAAUCCUGGACAGUUCCACGCCACAAAAACCUCAGCGCAAAGGAACUCCUGUGAGGAUUCCCGUCAUUAAAGACUCGACCAACGCUAAUGUGCGUUCCAUCCUCAGCAAAAAACGACAAGUCUUCGGCGAAGAUUCGCAAAAGGCGGUGAAGUUUAGCGCAAACGAUCCAAUUGUCCACAAUUUGAGCCCACUCGAGAGAUGUCUAGAUGGGGAGACCACCAAGGAAAAUGACAAGCCAAAUGGAAUUGAAGACAACAAGGACGUAAAGCCCACAAUUAAGAAACCAAACAUCAUUCGGCGUAUUGUUGUAAGCUCCCGUAAACCAAUUAUGAAAUGAUUGCAUGAUUCCGAAUGAAAAUUUAAAAUCGCAAUUAGACUUAGAAAAAACUUAACAAUUAAUUACAACGCAGGGCACAGCAAAUCAGCAUUAGAGCAUUACAAUUAUGAGACUAUGAACUAAAAGAAACUUAGCAAUAAAAACAAAUCAACAGUUUA